CCACCGUCGGUCGCCCGUUCAUCCCUCAAUCGAUGACACACCGGAAUGACGCUUCCGAGCGUAAAGUGCGAGGAUCUGUCAAACUUCCAGCGAGUUGGGGUCGAGAGGAAAGGCUACCCACGGCCGGUUGGUCCUACAAUAAUUUCUACGACCAAGCCCCGGCGGCGGACUUCGAGAAAAGAGAUAUUUCGAAGUUGGUGGUCGGAACUUUGGGCUACGCCGGCCAUCUGUACCGGGCGUCUCUCGUGAAGCCGGCGGGAUACAAGAACAGCGAGGCCAAUUUUUAGUUGUUGUCGAGAGAGCUCCGUGAAGAAUGGGCGUUGGCAAACCCGGCUUCAUAGCAGUGUAUAAAACUCCGACGCCAUCCCUCAUCCCCUUCGCCUUCAGCACCUUUCAGGUUUCGUAACUCACACGACAAAUCUGAAGAUGGUCUUCAAACCCCUCGUCGCUGCGACUCUCGCGAUCGCCGCAUUGGCGCGCGGAGUCGUUGCCGACCCGCCUGAUUUCCACAACUGCACCACGACCCCUUACUGCGUCCGUAACCGCAACAUCGCUGACACGAGGACGGCCGCCAACAGCCCUUACUCCCUGUGGUCCGCCGAGUUCGACCAUGCCAAGAACGCUGUCGUCGGAAAGAUCUACAACAGCAAAGCCCAGAAGAAGCUGACUUUCAAGCUUUCCUUCCUCAAAAACACUCACGCCGCUCGCUUCAUCGUCAACGAGGAGAAUCCCGCUCACGUCCGUUACGAUGGCGCUUACAAACAUGCCUUCCAGCACGACCCGAAGAACAUCGACUUAUCCAAGCUCGAGAAGAAGGAGACGGAGAAGACCAUCCUAGUCAAGUACGGUGCGAAAGAAGUACUCAUCCAGAAGAAGCCUUUCAAACUGACUGCCCGCGUCGAUGGAAAGCCUAUCGCUGAAGUCAACUCCAAGGGUUGGUUCAACUUCGAGAACAGCUUGAAGAAGAAGGAGGGCGACAACUGGGAGACGAUUACGGAGGUCAACGACUGGGUCGACAAGACCGGUAUCAUCACCUACACCGACAAGCACGGCAACCGCCCUACAUCCGUGGCCGCCGACAUUACAUUCCCCGGCUUCGACUUUGUCACUGGAAUCCCCGAGCACGCCUCGCCUUCCUUGAACCUCAAGUCCACCCGUGGCGCCGAUGCCUACUGGCAGGACCCCUACCGCUUCUGGAACACGGACACCUACGCGUACCCCGUGCCCAGCAACGCUGCCAACUACGGUGCCAUUCCCCUCAUCAUUGCCCAGAAGCCCGGCCAGGCCGCUGGUAUCUUCUGGGUCAACCCCGCCGAGGCUUGGGUCGACAUCUCUCGCGAGAACAACUCUACCACUACGCACUUCAUGUCCGAGGACGGUGUGAUCGACCUCGUUUUCUUCUUCGGCAAGUCCGCCCUCGAGGUCUCCCGCUCCUACGCUGAGCUCACUGGUUCCCAGCAGCUCCCCCAGCGUUUCGCGCUCGGUUACCACCAAUGCCGAUACUCCUACAUGAACACCUCCGACGUUCUUGCCGUCGACAGCGGCUUCGACGAACAUUCCAUCCCCUACGACGUCAUGUGGCUCGACAUUGACCACACAUCGGGAAUGAGGUACUUCACCUGGAACCACACUCGCUUCGAAGACCCCGUUGGUCUGCAAAACUACUUUGGGGAGAAGAAGCACCGUCAAAUGGUCACCAUCAAAGACCCCCAUUUGGCCAAGGAUUCCAAGUACUUUGCCUACAAACAGUUCCUGAACGCAGACUUAUUGAUGAAGACCGCCAACAAAUCCGUCUACGAGGGCAAAUGCUGGCCCAGCAACAUCGAUGAGUCGAUGGGCCGAACGCUUGCGGUUUGGCCCGACUGGUUGAACCCCAACGCGAGGAGCCUGUGGGCGAGCUUCUUCUCCUACGAGAAGUACCCGGAACAAACAAAGUAUUUGUUCACAUGGAACGACAUGAACGAACCGGCUGUCUUCGCCGGCCCGGACAAAUCUUCCCCGCGUGACAACCUUCACGUCAACGGUGUUGAGCAUAGGGCGGUGCACAACAUGGUUGGCUCCCUCAUGCUCGCCUCCUCGUAUCUCGGCCAUCUUAAGAAGGAGAAGUACACUCAACGUCCCUUCAUCCUGACCCGCUCCUUCUUUGCUGGAAGUCAACGCUACGGUGCCAUGUGGAUGGGUGAUUCGAAGUCGACCUGGGAACACUUGCAAGUGGCAUCGCCGACACUUCAGGGGCUCGCGCUUGGUGGAUAUGGAUUCGCUGGGGGCGACAUUGGAGGGUUCAUCAGCGAGCCAGGAAUGGGACCGGGUGGGGAGCUUUUGACUCGUUGGUACAAUUCCGCCGUUUUCACUGGAUUCUUCCGUGGACACUCCGACAAGGACAGUGCCCGCCGCGAACCUUGGGUGUACGGCGAACCCUACACCACGGCCAUCCGAAAGGCCAUACGUCUCCGCUACACGUUGCUCCCGUACAUCUACACCGAGUUCUUCUCGCACGCCGUUCAGCCCUAUCCGCUCCUGCGUCCGAUGUUCGCCUCGUUCCCUCAGAACCCACAAGCCUACGAAUACGACGACCAAUAUUUCUUUGGAUCGUCGAUUCUCGUGAAGCCCGUAGCGGCGCCCAACGUCACAAAGACGACCAUUUACAUUGCCGAGGACCAGAGCUACUACAAUCUCUUCGACUGGGCUAAGGUCGACAAGAAGGGAUUGUACGAAGUUGAGGCCCCCUGGGACACCAUCGCUGCCUUCGUCCGCGGUGGUACCGUCCUUCCGACGAGAUUCGGCGUCACCGACGGAUCAUCAAAAACUCACUCGGUCCUGCCUUUGGAGGUCAUCGUCGCUGUUUCCAAGGAAGGCACGGCCUCUGGGAAGAUCUACCACGACGACGGAACCUCCUUUGAAAAUCAAAAGGGCGCCUACAUCUGGAAGGAGGUUUCUUUGGAAGGCAAGACCAUCAAGUCUUGCGACGUUCUUGCCGGCAAGAAGUCGGUUUACACCAACGGUCUCGGUGAAAUCCCCUUCUCUCCCAAGAACCACUUCCAGAAGAGGGACCCGACCCACAUCAAGUACGUUUCUCUUGUCGGCUACAAGGAGGUCAAGAGCGCCAAGCUCGUCGUCAACGGCAAGGCCAAGAACGUCGCUGUUCACGUCAAGGGCAAUAAGACCAAGAUCGAGGUCAACGUCAGACUUGGCGACGACUGGGAGGUCGUCCUAGCUUAGAUGCAUUCAUUACCCCUAGAUAGAGCAUCUAGACCUCGUUCCUAGAUAGAGCAUUCACUCAGUAUCAAUCCCUCUUUGUGCUAUACCUCGCAUGAAUUUCGACAUCCUUCGUUCAUUACAAAUUUGCAAUUGCAAAUAAAUUCUUUGCGCCUGAACAAGGCUUGGUUCUCAAA